AUGCCGAGUUAUAGUCCGACUUUUGUCAACCGCAGAGAAUGCCUAAAUAUAUACGGUGAAUGGGCAAAGGGGGGUUGGGGUCUUGUAAUAUCAGUUAAUGUACAAAUCGACCCCAACCACCUCGGCGACCCCAAAGACUUCACGAUCAAUCCAUCUCUCCCAGAGGAAAAGAUGCUCGCUGCCUUCAAAGCCUGGGCAAGCGUCUCUUCACUCAAUGGCACCAAGACAGUCGUUCAAUUGUGCCACCCAGGACCACAGAUCGCCUUCAACAAGGGGACAAUCGCCCCCAGCGCAGUACCCAUGGGCCUAGGCAACGCCGUUGUACCACGGGUCCUCAAUGCCCUCGUAUUUGGCAUCCCUCGAGCGAUGACAGUCGCCGAGAUCAAAGACACAGUCCGUCGCUUCGCCAACGCCCCCCGCGUAGUCGCUGCCGCUGGCUUCGCCGGUGUCGAGUUACACGCCGCACACGGCUACCUCCUAACCCAAUUCCUGUCUUCUCGAUCGAAUAUCCGCACAGAUGCCUACGGCGGCAACGCCACCGCACGCACCCGUAUCGUCGUCGAAAUCAUUCACGCCAUCCGUGAAGCUGUACCACCUAGCUUCUGCGUGGGCUUGAAACUGAACUCAGUUGACGUUGCAGCCGAUGCCGAUCUAGAAGACUGCGUGGAACAGCUGCGCGCUAUCACCGAUGCAGGUAUUGAUUUUCUCGAGGUGAGCGGCGGUAGCUUUGAGGAUCCAAUGUUUAGUACGGGGCCCGGGGCGGAGGUGCAGGCCGAGAAGAAGGCGAGCACUCUUGCUCGUGAGGCUUUCUUCAUCGACUUUUCUAAUUCCAUUCGCACCGAAUUCCCAGAAGUGCCGCUGCUGCUUAUGGGUGGGUUUCGCUCGCAUCGCGGUAUGGAGUCUGCCUUGGGGGACCGUCGAUCAUGGAUCCUUUGUUGCCAAUUGCCAAGGACGGUGCUCUUGAAUCCGAAUGUGGCGGAUCGUGAGGCUGUGGUGAAUGUGAGGAGGGUUAAGGGGAGCACGGUUGCUAAGCAUCUUGGAUUGUAUAAGGAUUGGUAUACUGAAAAGAUGCAUCGCAUAGGUGCUGUUAAUAACUCGGUCUUGGUCACAGGGACUGAUAGCAGACUUGGUAUUGCUAUUGGCCAGUAUGGACGCUAUAUGGCGAGUAUGGCCGAUAGUGUCACCAAAGAGCUUGGGAACGUCGAGUCGACAACACACUCCCAUGAGAUUUGGCUCUUGACCAAUUUAACCAUCAACAAGCGUGCUGCUGCUGGGUCUCUCCCGCCAAUCCAGGCCAUACUACUGAACUCCGAUUGGGAAGAUCAUCUAGCACAUUUUCUGUUAAGUCUCCUACUUCUGCAGAGAAUAGACAGAGACAGCGGCAGAAUCAUUGCGCUUGGAAAACGAGUGGAUAAUGUCGAACUCUCAAAGCGUCUCGCUGUUGAUCCCGAGCUCUCCAACGUCUCCGUGGCUGUGCUCAGUGUGCUGAUUGGCAAGAUCGUUCCCGGAUUUUUGGCUGUCGUGACGGUGCUACUGCCUGCAAUUGGCGUUCAUCUGAGCGCCUUAACUGUGAGCGAGGCCGACCUUAGUACCACGGGCCGGGGACGUGGAGGAACGGGGACGGUUUUGGCGCAAUAG